CAGAGAUUCGUUGGAGAAUCAAAACAAUCUUUGAUUUUAUCAAAAUAAAUCAACCUUUAACAGUUGACAAAACCUGAAAGUGACUUUAAUCAAUUAAAUAAGAACAAUAGAAAACAUCAAGCAUCCAGAAUGAACUGCAGUAAUGAGCUGAUCCAAAACAUUUAUAAUGUCAUUAUCUGUGAAUAUGUGUAUGACACACUCUAUAACACAGAAAUUUAAAUUUUGCGGAGAUGGUGACUGUCCUGACUACAUUUUGGCUAUUAUUCACUCAAAUCUGUGUGGACUAAGUAGUAUAAAGCUCAAAUCGUUCUCAUCACGAGUGGUUUUAUUAAUCAUAAAUGACACAACUGUAGACGAAACUGAAUUUUCCAACCUCUUUGAUGGAUCUGUAAACGAUUUCAAAUCGGCUUUUGAAUGUAUUCGCUUUUUACUUCUAUCAGCCGUGCGAUUUGGUGUAACAAAGGAUGUAUUUUCUAUUGAACUACAGCAACUUGGACUACCUCGAGAGCAUUCACUAGCUUUGGGAAAAGUAUUCGAUGAGCAUUUCGGAAGUAUAGAAAGCUAUUUGAGAAAGGAUUCGCUGUACAUUAAUAAAUUACUCAGUUCAAAUUUUGUAACAUGUGAUGACGGCAUCGAUUGUGUUACAAUGAAAUUCAGACUAUCAAAUUCUAUCGAUGGUAGUUCGGAGACGGAGCAGACAAUAAAUAUAAAUAAUACUGACAUUCCAAUUCUAUUAAAAGAGCUGAAAAUCAUAAAAGCUAAAAUGGAUGAACUCGAUUAUGGUCAAUAAAAGCAAUUAAAAGAUGAUGAAAUUA